AUGUCAAUCGGCACAGCGUUGACCCGUAUUGUCAGACCCCACAAAACCGGUCUAUUAUUUAGCCACCAUUUGGUCCCUCGUGUGACCCGUGAGUGCAGCCGUGGUUUGGCGGCCGCCUCCUCCUCCGCGUCCACCCCAUCGGCAUCCGGCGCCCAACCCAUCGGCAAACGGCGCUUCCGACUGCCGGUGGAGCAGGACGCGGAGAAACUGGUGACCCACUGCUGCGGCGCCAACUACUUCCAGGAGGGCCCGGAAAUCAAGUUGAAAGCCGACGAGGAAUACCCGGAUUGGAUUUGGUCCCUAAGACUUAACUAUCCGCCGCCGAUGCACGAGUUGGACCCCAACACCAAAGAGUAUUGGGAGCGCCUGGCGAUUGUGGGCCGACAGCGCGAGUGGCGGGAGCGGCGGUUCGCGCGCCGCCGCUUUAAAGUGGUGUCCGACCGGAUCGAGAAGCUCGAAGAGUUGAGAUACAGGCGCCGCUUCCGCGCGUUGGCCCACAAGGAGUUCGACGCCGGCUAUGAUGUGGUGAAGCACUCGGAGCGCGAGGACUACUGGGAUCUGGCGGCCAAAGAGCGGUUCAGAGAGCCCGACGAGACCCAGAAGUUCUAUCCGGGCAUCGAUUCCGUGGAUAUUCCUCAUCAAGUGGCGACUACUCGACUGUGGAUUCGGAAGACCAAAAAGUGCGGUCACUUCGGCUGGUGA